UCAUAAAGAUUGUAAUCAUGACAGCUGGUAAUAAAGGCUGCAAGUAUUUCCAGUCAAUAACAGCCAAUGCUUUCAAGAAACCGAGACUGUCCAUUUACAGAAGUAACUUGUGACUACAAAGCUUGAUCUUGCCAGACAGAUGGAAGUCACAGGCGAUGCUUAUCUACUGUGCUCUGAGCAGGACUCUGGUGAUCUCUCUUGGAAAACUGUAGGUUUGAAGUGUGACUGCUGUAGGGUCUGGUCAAGCUCCUGCAAACUUCACAGAAAUAUGGAGCCAUGUGAAAAUGUCAUUUUGACUGUGGUGUGGAUUUUUACUAUGUAUGGAGCCAGCCUAGAUUUUAAAAGGUCUAAUAGGUCCUAAUUCUUCAAAAAUAAUUUAUUUUUUGUAAACCAGAUGGCUUGACAAAAAUGAGGAUGAUGGUCAGAUUGUCCGAGAAUUAGUGCCUGCUGGGGAGUCACCAAUGCUAAAAAAUGUCAGUUAUCACAUCAGCGUGAAGACAGGAGAUAUCCCAGGUGCCAGCUCAGACUCCAAAGUUUUCAUCAAACUCUACGGUGAAAAAGCAGACACCAGCAAGGAGCCUCUGCUAGUCUCUGAUAAUGAUCUAGGCAAUUAUUUUGAACGUGGUCGAGUGGAUGAGUUUACUCUCGACACGAUGGAUAUUGGGAAGAUCAACCGAAUACUGAUUGGACAUGAUAACGUGGGUCUCCGGUCUGGCUGGUUCCUGGCCAGUGUCCAGAUCACGGUUCCAGUCCAGGGAAGGCAGUACAUGUUCCCCUGCAACCGAUGGCUUGACAAAGAUGAGGCUGAUGGCAGGGUGGAGGUGGAGGUCUACCCAAGUGAGAUUGUGCCCAUUGAGAAAUUGACAAACUACGAGGUGUCUGUAGUUACUGGAGAUGUGCGGGCUGCAGGCACCAAUGCCAAAGUCUUCAUGCAGAUUUACGGCGAGACUGGCAAAACCGAAUUGAUCAUCUUAGAAAACAGAUCGAACAACUUUGAGCGGGGAGCCACAGAUAUCUUCAAGGUAUGGUGAAGACAGUCUUUGCUGCUUUUGUGAGGGGAAAGAUAUGACAAGCCCAUACAGAAAUAUUGUAAGAAUAAUUGGCCCAAUCAUCAAAGUAAUUGACUUCAAAAAAAUUGCCAGGUCUGUUGGCAUCUGCUGACUUCUACAUCUUUUUGAGGAGCUCUGUAUUUCAUGGAGUGACUUUUAUAUUCUCAGGGACUGAUAGCAAAGGUGUCAUAGAAAAACAUAGCCCACUAGCUGCUUUUGUUUACCUUUCCUUUCAAAAGGAGAUACUUACGUUGGAUUUCAGAAGCUUGUAAAGUUAUAUUUUGUGCCUGACCAUGUCAUUGUCCCUUUUAUUUAUCCAGUCAGGAAAAAGGAAACAAAAUAUAAGAAAUUCCAGCUUUGCCUCUAAUCACACAUCAUUUAUGACAAGUACAAUUUUAUAAUUUUAUGACAAGUACUAUGCAGGCCCAAUCCAGCAUAGAUUUGCUGCUGUAAUUUCUGCAAGCAUAUGACUGCCCCAUGGUUUUUACUGCCUAUAACAUUAGUCCAACAUGCACAGUAUAGUCAUGGUGUGUAAGCUGCACAACAUGCUCCUCCAACUAUCAGCCAGCUUUUAAGUCUGUACAGCAGCGUCCAUAACUCCUUUUGAGGAAUGCUACAGUAAGCAGUGUGUGAGCCAGGACCCAGCUAAUCCAGCAAGAGAUCCUGGACUGACAAAGCUGAUCACCACAGUGUGGUUGGGCAUCUUCUGCUGAGUCAGGCCUGGCUAUGUUGGGCCACCAUCCUCUUCAGGCUUGCUUGCUCACUUGCUUGGUUUCUCUUUCCAAAGAAACUGAGAUUUGAGGCAAAGGAAUGGUCUUGGUUCUUGCCCUGAUGUGGGGUCAGAGUGGGACAAGAUGUGCUGUCAAGGCAUGUCAGAGCCACAUCCUUGUCUAGUGAUGUAACCUCAGGAGGCACCAAUAUCUGGACAGUGAAGAACAAAGUCCAGAUGGAAGCCGAAUGUAAGGCAUACCUGUUGUAAGUGUUAACAGCACGAGGAUUGGCAUCGAGGUGCCUUGAGGUCUCUGAUCCACCUCAGCACAAAGUUACACACCUACUUGCAAUCUAGUUGUGUACUCUGCCCUGAAACAUCAAGACUGGGAUAUCCCUCCCAUUGCCAGAGGUCAACAGGGUUGCCCUUCUCACGAGCUUUUCUAUGUUUUUGUAUUGUGUAUUUUGGAGUUCAGGUAAUCUCUUCCUGCCCCAGUUUGUUGCUUUUUAGAAUGGAGUUAAUGAUGUUUAUCAAUUUCUAUUGAGUUCUUUGGGACCAAAGAUGAUUAACACCUUAUAAACACUUGCCUAUUUAAAACUCUUUAUAAUUUU